AACCCUAAGCCUCUCUCUCCCUCUCUCCCUAACCAAAACCCCAGCAGCCCGAGGCAGCGCUGUGCGCGAAGAUGGGGCGCUCGUACGCAGCCAAGGGGAAGAAGAAGCGGAAGCUUGAGCAAGGCGGGGCCUUGCUCGCCCCCCCUCCGGUCGCCGACGAGGCGGAGGAAACACCAUGCGCGGUCAAGGGGAAGAAGCAGCGGAAGCUUCAAGACGAGGCGGAGGAGUUUGCUCCGCCGGAUGAAGAGGAGGGGGAUGCAACGGAAGGGGAAGGGGCGGCGGCUGAGGCCGAGGAUGUGGGAGAGGGGAUCCCCAUCAUGCCCCGGCCUGUUGACCCGAAGCGGCGGCCGGGCGUCAUCUUCGUGCUCGAGAGGGCCUGCCUCGAGGUCGGCAAAGUGGGCAAGGCUAUGCAAAUCUUGAAUUCGGAUGAUCAUGCUAAUUAUUUGAGGAAGCAGAAUCGCAAUCCAGCAGAUUAUAGGCCUGAUAUCAUUUACCAGGCACUACUAGCAAUAUUUGAUAGUCCUCUAACUAAGGCUGGGAGGUUACAAGCUGUUUAUGUUAGGACUGAAAAAGGAGUGUUGUUUGAAAUCAAGCCUCAUGUUCGCCUGCCACGAACAUUCAAACGCUUCUGCGGUUUGAUGUCACAGUUAUUGCAAAAGUUGAGCAUUACAGCAGAGGGGACACGUGAGAAGCUCCUUAACGUUAUUAAAAAUCCUGUUACCAAGUAUCUACCUGUUGGUGCACGGAAGAUUGGCCUUUCCUAUAAGGCGGAGAAGUCGGUUAAUUUGUUUGACUAUGUUGCUAAAAGCAAUGAUGAUGAGCAGCUUGUAUUUGUGGUUGGUGCCAUGGCCCAUGGAAAGAUUGAAAAGGAAUACUCGGAUGAUUACAUACAGAUUUGCAGUUACCCUCUCAGUGCUGCCUGCUGCUUAAAUCGAAUAUGCAGUUCCCUGGAGCAGAAGUGGAACAUCCGAUGAUAGGGAUUUUUGAAAUCGAACAUUUUAUCUUUGUGAUGAUAUUAUUCUGUGCUCGUAGCAAAUAGUGUUGUCCUUUCUCCUAUCAUAUGUCUACUGUAUUCAUUUUGUUGAGGACUUCCAAGAUCAUGCUGGAAACGUAUUAACAUGAAUGUUUUCAAGUGAUUAUGAUCCUUACAAUUUAGUCAUUUUUGGUGA